UCACCCCAAUUGUAAACUUUCUGGUGGCGAGCGGAGGUUAGCGCAAUUUUGUUUUGUAAAAGUAACAAUCUCAGCUGCAUAUUAUAGUUAGAACAUUAAUAUUAUUCUCUGAAAAUGUGGGCAAAUCAGUGGCAAGGAGGAGGAUGGCCAGUUCAACAAGCGCAUUUACAGGCUAUGCCACAUGAUCAAGUUGAUUGGGCUGCUUUAGCAAAGCAGUGGAUAGCGCAGAAGGAUGCAAUCACCACUUUACAGGGGGACCCUGCUCCUGCCCCAGCAGCUCCUAUCCCUCCUGUCAGCCAAAACCAGGAACCAGCACCCGCAGACAGUAUGGAGUUGUGUAAUGAGGAAAACAGCGAGCAAACGCAAAAUAAUGGAGGUAUGUAUGGUGGCCAGGAAAACUGGGGUUGGGGAGGGAACAUGCAGUGGAAUGCUCAGAAUCAAGGAUGGGGGAUGCCACAGCAGCCCAUUCAAGAUAAUAAGGCAGAACCACAGGGCUUUGACUAUAAUCACAGCAGCUUUCAGCAGUUUGACUACAACCAUGGGGGCGAAUAUGAUGAUUAUCAGAUGAACUCUGGUGGAGGUGAACCUCCAUGGGGUGGUGGUCCUGGGCAUGGCCACUAUCCACCGAGGAGAGGCAACUUUAUGAGACACCAGAGAGAACUAUCACCUCAGGAAGAUGAAUCUGUGCUGCUUGAUGCUGCCAAGAGGAAGACCCUUCCAGCCUGGAUAAGAGAAGGUCUGGAGAAAAUGGAACGUGAAAAACAGAAAAAAUUGGAGAAGGAGCAAAGAGAGAAAGAUUUGGAGGCAGCUCGUCAAGCCCGUGCUGAGGCUGAGAGGGUCGCUGAGGAAGAACUUCGCAGGGAGAAAGAGGGCUACCACGAUGGCCCCCGUGUUCCUAAAAAAAGCAGAUUUGAUUCAGAUGAUGAAGAUGAUAGGGACAGAUCUGUGUCACCAGCGCCUCGGAGGAGAUCGGGGUCGGCACAUUCUCGGAGAUCUGGUUCUGCUCAUUCCCAUUCGCCACACAGCAGGAGAUCUACAGAAAGGCGCAGCCCAUCACCAGUUAAAACAGAGGAAGAAAAACAGGCAGAAUUUAUGAUGAAAGUACGGCGUAUGUUAACAGAGAUUUUAUUGGAAGUGACAGACUCGGAAGUACAUGACAUUGCUAGAAAUGUUUACAACAAGGCAAAGGCUAGUGCAUCAAAAGCUCCAGCAACCCAACUCGCCAAGUCAUCAGCUUUGGCUUCUAUUACUUCCCUCGGUCUUGGCUAUGGUAGUGAUGACAGUGAGAACGAUGAUGACAGUGAAGAUGACAGACGUAGAAGUCGCGGCGAGUCUUCAAGUUCUGAAUCAGAAAAUGAGUAUGAAGAUAAGAUCCGAAGGAAGCGGGAAUCAUUUGACAGGAUGCAGCGCCGCAGACUUGAAGAACAAGAAAAGGAAGAACAAGACCAGAUAGCAAAGAAAAAACAGGAAAUCCAAAACACACCUUCAUUUCUAAAGGAUCCACUGUCAGAAUCGCACAAAUACCCAUUUCAGCAGAACAGACAUAAUGAUAUUCCUGGUUUGGAGCACGAACUUGAUAACCAUAAUGAACACAGUGUUAAGAAAGAAAGAAAACCAAGUGAGCAUAGACAAAAACAUGAAAGUGAUAGAGAAUCUGAAAAGAAAGUGAAGAGAGAGAAAGAAAGAGCGAACCAGAAAGAAAGAAAGCGGAGGAAGAAGGACAGUUCAAGUAGUUCAAGCAGUGGUAGCAGUAGCAAUAGUGGUUCAUCUAGUUCCGAAUCUGACUCGAAUAGUUCUAGUUCUGAUUCUGAUUCCUCAUCUACUGAAUCCUCUGUACAAAAACAAAAACUGAAGUCAAAAUCUAAGAAAAAGUCUAGUAAAUAUGUAGGUGAUAAUGAAAUGUCAAGGUCUGAGAGGGAAAGAGAGCUUAAGAGGAGUGACUCAAGUAGAUCAAAUAGAGAUAGGGAAAAGACAAGAAGGGAGAGUGAGAAAGACAGAAGAAGGGAUUAUGAUGAUGGGUAUGGGGAGGAGAGGGAGAAAAGAAGGGAGAAAGAAAGAAUGAGGGAGAAAAGGGAUAGAAGUAGAAGUAGGUCAAGGGACAGGAGUGAUCGAAAUAAGCAUAGGGAGAGUGAGAGAAGUAGGUCACGUGACAGAAGUGACAAGCCCAGAAGAAAGGAGAGAGAAAGAAGUAGGUCGAGAGAUAGAUCUAGGAGAGAAAAUGAAGAAAGAAGUGAAAAAGCAAAACGAAAAAGUAGAGAUGAUAGACGAGAAUCUCUAGACACUUCUCGUGAUGAAUAUUAUUACGAAGACAGUAGUAGAAAAUCUAAAAAAUCUAGUAGAAGGGAUGAUCGGUCCAGUUCAAGGUCCAGGUCAACAAAAAAACGAAGAAGAUCGCGUUCGGAUUCUUCGGAGAGUGAUUAUCACACCAGCUAUAAACAUAAAAAAUCGAGUCGUGAGUCCAGCCCACGUGAUUCCAGUAGGCGACGCAGCAGUAGACAUGAUGAGUAUGAGUAUCUAGAAAGAAGUGGUAAGAAGUCAAGUCACAAACGCAGGUCUCGAUCAAGGUGGGCAAUUCUUUUCUUGAUUAUUUUCCUCGCUCUAGUUUAUAUGACUACAGAAACAGUAGUUUACUUUUCUUCAAAAUGGAUUUUUGUCACACAUUUUUUAUAGACAGUCAUCAUCAUAUGAUAUGUUUCAGUUUUGUUCUUGAUCGUCAGUUUACUUAAGUAUUUGUUAAUGAAAAUUUUCCCAGUCUUGAAAGAUUUUUAUAUUUUAAUAUUGUUUGUGUUGAAAUUGAGAUACCUACAUUUAUAGGUACAUAUUAAUGAACUGCUUUAGACUGCAACCUUCCUCAGCUGAACGGGCAGUUGGGAUUUGUUUUUCCAAGAACCCAGUUUUGGAAGAGAUUGGUGUUUUUCCUUUUCAGAUAGUUUUGGCGAGAUGUUGUGAAUUUUAACCAGAACGAGCAUAAUUACCAUGGCAACUACAAACCACACCGCUGUCCUGCAUGUUGAAUUGAUUUGUACAUAGUUAAUUUUGUAAUAAAAUAUUUACAUUUGUUUGAA